GCAAUGUCAGAAGCAACAGUUAGUGCAAUUGAAAGCAAGAUUAUCUCAUUUUUAUCUCAAGUGUUUUUGUUUUUAAUUGAAUGUUUUGCACGAAAAGUGAACACAUCUUUGAUUAAUUAUCAGUAAGGCUAUACGUAUUUUUAAAUUCAAAUGGACAGAAGUAAACUUUAAGAUUUUGUUACUACUUUUUCUGUCUAAUAUUUUCAUGAAAGGAAAGCUAUUGUUUGAGAAAGGGAGUAAACGUAAUAUUUUAAACCACCAUCCGGCAUGGCUGUGGAGAAACCGGCCGCAGGUGUUCGCUCCCUUGGUGGCCUGAACAUCAUGAAGCUGUUUGCGAGUCUGGGGGCGCACCCCGCCGCCAUGGCUUAUUCCAUGACCACCUUAGGAGCAGGCAUGAUGAACAACAUAUUCAGUUUUUACUAUGUUAAGCUGUUCCUUAACAAGUACAAGAUAUCAGAGGGUGCUUUCAAUCAAUCCCAAGUGGUGUACAUGGUGUGGAACGCGGUGAAUGACCCUCUUUUCGGCUACAUGCAGGAUAACUCCCGUGUGCGCUGCUGCUCCCAACGUCGUCUCUCCAUCUUGUAUGGUGCUCCUUUCUAUGCACUCGCCUUUCUCCUUGCCUGGUUCCCGUGGCGAGAGUACGCCCCCGGCGACUGGAUGAGUGGAGUCCAUCUAGUGGUGGCACUGUGUGCAUUUGAUGGGAUGCUGACGUUUGUGCUGCUGGCGCAGUGCGCCCUCUUUGCAGAGAUCUCUGGCCACCACGAGAGCAGGCUGAGACUCAUCAAGUACAACCAGGUGGCAUCUCUAAUAGGCUCUUCCAGUGUUCUGUUCUGCGGCCUCCUAUCUCAGAACAUGGAUGACUUCCAAGCUUUUCAGGGCUUCGCAGUCCUGGUGGCAGUUCUGGCUUGUGGCUGCAUGAUCUACACAGGCCUACACAGUGAGAGUCGCUUUGAUACCAAAGAGUCCGCACCUGGGUCGCCAGAGAUAAAUGACCAAGAUUCUGGGCAGUCAGCUCUUUCUUUCUCCUCUGUGACUUCUAUGACCUUGCAGAUCCUGACAAAUAAGGACUUCCAACUCUUUGUGGUCAUGAACUUCUUCCAGGUAUUCAUGGUGGCAUUCUGUAAUAACUUCACUAUGAUCUUUGUUGAGCAUCUGAUACCCCCCGAUGUGUUGCCAUCUCUUGCCAAGAGCUUCAUGUACGGAGCUGGCUUCAUUUGUCCUCAGUUGCUGGUGCUGAGCGGUCACAGGCUGCUUCACAGACUAGGAUAUUACAAGAUCAUCCUGCUCACCUUCUAUGUGGAGGCUGGCAUGGCUGCUGCCAUGCUGCUGCUGGGUCCAUAUCAUUACUACAUCCUGGCAUUCUUCCUCACAGCUAACAUGGUCCUUAUACAGGCGGCAUUCAGUCUCUUUAACCUACCUCUGGCCGACAUCAUCGACUCAGACCUGCAGAAACACAAGCGCAGCUCCCCUCUCUCCUCCAUGGUGUUUGGGACCAAUGCAUUGUUCACCAAACCAGCCCAAUCCCUGGCCCCUAUAAUGGUGGUAUCAAUUCUCAACCAGUUUGGUUAUGAGAGCCUGAAGGAGGCUGGGAGGGUGGCAAACCCCAGUGACUUGGAGGCUCUGCACAAAACCAUGUUCUACCUGGUUUGUGUGGUGCCCAUGUGUGUCGCCGCUCUGCAAGUAUUGAUCUGGAAGCCAUUUUCUAUACGCAACCGCCAUACUGUAGACACCAAAUAUGUUGACAGCUGAGUUGCUCUACUUUAUCACUCUUCAAGGGAACAUGGUGGUGUAAUUAAUGGCCAGAGAAUUCUGCAGACGAAACACUCCACCUGUAUGUUUGUGAUGUUUGUCAUUGAAGUUGUCUAGUUGUACUGAAAUUUAAAGAAAAGGGGACCAAUUCUACUGUAGGAGCAUAAUACCUGAGCCAUAUGUGAUUGUUCUCUGAGCACUAUGUGUUUUUUUCAUUUUCUAGGCAAAAUAGACCACUGUGCUUUAUAGUUUUCUAUACUGAAUACUUUCAAAUAAUUUACUGAUUUGCAGACUUUGCACUUGAAGUGUAAAGCACUGAGAUGUACUUUCUUUGACAUGUGUAUGCAUAUCAUACAUACUGGUAUCAUGGGACCUCAGCCUUGGUAACGUUGUGCCUUAUACUAUUUUAUACUAUGCAGUUGCUUUUGGGAUCAAAUUAUUUGUAAUAAUUUGUUAGGGAUUGUUUUACACAUGUUGUAAAUAUUGUGUUAUAAACAAGCCGUCAUACAAAUGCA